AUGGAUGUAGCUCUCCUGGAGAGGAGAGGUGGGCAGAACUUCCUCCCAAGUGGAUAUGUGAUGCAGGGAAUGGCAGACUGUGAGUAUGGAGAUGACAUUACAGAUAUGGUCUACUUUGUAAAAAACGUGUUUAACCAGGAGAUUAUGACUAUUUAUGACUCUCGGGUUGGGAAGUAUGUUGGCUACGGAGAAGUAGGCAUAAGGAACGCAAACCAUUACAACUCACAGCGCUGGAAAAUGCAGCUCAGGAAAAUUGAAGUGGAUACUAUCUGCAGAUACAGUGCAAGAUAUUACAACAGGACCCUACAUGACAGGAAAGUACCUCCGGUUGUCAGAGUCCGUCAGACCAAGCCAGCAGACUACGGGGAGCAGUCCAUGCUGGAGUGCAGCGUUAUGGGUUUUUUUCCUCAGGAAGUGAGAGUGAGCUGGCUAAGGGAUGGGGAAGAGAUCACUACAGAUGUGACGUCCACAGAUAUCAUGCCCAACGGGGACUGGAGUUACCAGCUGCAUUCUUAUCUGGAGUUUAUACCCAAGAGAGGGGAGAGGGUGACCUGCAGGGUGGACCACAGCAGCCUGCAGCAGAGCCUGGAUGUGGACUGGGACACGUAUCCACUGGAUUCUAAACACAUGAAGAUGGCUGUGGGGUUUAUCGUCUUCUUCACUGGUUUCACCACAGCUGUAGGUGGAGCAGCUUACUAUUGGUGGAAAAAGAGGUCCGACUUCAGCCCAGUAGGAAGACAAGAUCCAGAAUUAUAA